GCCCCGGGCGGCGCCGACAGCUGGGAAACGGGGGCCAGGCCGGAUUUCCUUCGCGGACCAGCGGCCAGUGGAGCCACCCGGGCCAAGGGACCCUCGGGGGGCCUCGGGCGCUCGGCACCUGCGGUUGCCCGCGCCGCCCUCGCUGCCUCGGCGCGUGUUGGCGACUCCAGCUCCGCGCCGGCCUCCCGGCCCUGCCCGCGGGGGUGGAGACGCCUCGGUCCCCACCCCCACACCGCCCCGACGCCGCGUCCCGGGAGGGCUGCAGGGCGCUAGGACCGCGCGGCGGCGCCGAGGGGGCGGGGGCGGGCCGGCGCUCGCGGGCUUUAAAUGGGCGCCGGGCAGGCCCCCUCGCGGGUCGGCUCCCGUGGGGCAGCGGAGCGGCCGUGCGCCUCCUCGGGCCGGGACCCGGGGCCUGGCGCCGGGCGGGACCGGGGCAGGUGUGCGCACGAUGCGCCGGGGCGGCCAGCCAGCGGAGCGCCGGACGCGCUGAGCCCAGAGCCAUGAGCCCCCAGAUCCUGCUGCUGCUGACCGUGCUCACCCCAGGCCUGGCCACCUCCCAGCAGCGACUCAAGAUGCCCUGUAAGAUGGUGGCCAAUGAGGCCUUGUGCCAGAACCUGGGCCUGCUGCAGGUACCUGCCCUGGUGCAGUCUGACAUCCAGGCCCUCGACCUGUCUGCAAACCAGCUGCAGAGUGUCCUGGUCUCGCCCCUGGGCCUCUACAAGGAGCUCCGUCAUCUGGACCUGAGCGCCAACGAGAUCAGCUUUCUGCAGCCCGGCGUCUUCCAGGCCCUUCCCCAGCUGGAGCACCUCAACCUGGCUCACAACCGCCUGGCGGCAGGCACCACACUCAACACCACCGGGAGCCUGAGUCCCCUGCCGCACGUGACUUCCCUCGACCUGUCUGGGAACAGCCUGUACAGCGACCUACUAGAGCAGCUGCUGGGUGAGGCACCGCGCUUGCGUAGCCUCUCGCUGGCUGAGAACAGCCUCACGCACUUGGGCCGCCACACCUUCCGAGGGCUGCCAGCACUGGAGCACCUGGACCUUCACAGCAACGUGCUGAUGGACAUCGAGGAUGGUGCCUUCGAGGCCCUGCCCCGCCUGACCCACCUCAAUCUCUCCAGGAAUUCCCUCACCUGCAUCUCUGACUUCAGCCUGCAGCAGCUGCGGGUGCUGGACCUGAGCUGUAACAGCAUCGAGGUCUUCCAGACGGCAGCCACUCAGCCCCCGGCCGAGUACCAGCUUGCCUGGCUGGACCUGCGCGAGAACAGGCUGCUCCAACUGCCUGACCUGGCCGCGCUCCCCAGACUCAUCUACCUGAACAUGUCCAACAACCUCAUCCGGUUCCCUGCAAGCUCGCCCCAAGGUGGCGAGGAAGGUGAUGGCCCAGGCCCUGUGACAGUACCCUCCCGGCCCCUGGAAGCUCCCAGCAGCGGUGGCAGCUGGAACACUAGCAGCCAGCCCCUCUCCCAGCUCCUGAAUCUGGAUCUGAGCUACAAUGAGAUCGAGCUGGUGCCCCUCUCCUUCCUGGAGCACCUGACUUCCCUACGCUUCCUCAACCUCAGCCGCAACUGCCUGCGGGCUUUCGAGGCGCAACACGCGGGUGCCCUGCCCUGCCUGGUGCUCCUGGACCUCAGUCACAAUGCACUGCAGGCACUGCAGCUGGGCACCAUGGCCCUGGGCUCCCUGCGGACGCUGCUGCUGCAGGACAAUGCCCUGCGGGACCUGUCUCCACACACCUUUACCGGCUUGGCCAGCUUGCAGAGGCUCAACCUGCAAGGUAACCGGGUCAGCCCUUGCGGGGGAACAGGGGAGCCCACACCCCUGGGCUGUGUGGGCUUCUCCGGCCUCUCCUCCCUACGCGUGCUGAACCUGGUGGAUAACGGAAUGGAGGUGCUCAGGGCGGGGGCCUUCCUGCGCACUCCGCUCACGGAGCUGGACCUGUCUGCCAACCCUGGGCUGGAGGUGGCCACAGGGGCCCUGGCAGGCCUCGAGGCUUCCUUGGAGGUCCUGGCAUUGCAGGGCAAUGAGCUGGCCAUCCUGCAGGUGGACCUGCCCUGCUUCAGCUGCCUCAAGCGACUGAAUCUGGCCGGGAACCGUCUCAGCCACCUGCCUGCCUGGACACAAGCUGUUUCGCUGGAGGUGCUGGACCUGAGGAACAACAGCUUCAGCCUCCUGCCGGGCAGUGCCAUGGGUGGCCUGGAGACCAGCCUGCGGCGCCUGUACCUACAGGGCAACCCACUCAGCUGCUGUGGCAACGGCUGGCUGGCCGCCCAGCUGCACCGUGGCCGUGUGGACGUUGAUGCCACACGGGGCCUCACCUGCCGCUUUGGCUCCCAGGAGGAAGUGUCCCUGAGCCAUGUGCGUCCCGAGGACUGUGAGAAGGGAGGGCUCAAGAAUGUCAACCUCAUCCUCCUCCUCACCUUCACACUGGUUUCCGCUGUCCUGCUCACCACGCUGGCCACCUGCUGCUGCAUGCGUAGGCAGAAGUUUCACCAACAAUACAAAGCCUAGGGAAGCCCGAGAACCUUCCAGACCAAUGGGUAGGGGAGCCUAGGAGCUCGGGGGGACUGACUCCAGGUCCCAAAGGGAGGCUGAAGUGCAAGGACCCUGAUAUCUGACCCCCACCCUGUGCUCCUUUCCUUAGGACCCACUGUGUCAGCCCAUGAUACACAUAGGGUUCAGCUUGGCAUGCCAGAAGGUGGGCGGUCAGGGGUGACUGAGAAUAAAGCUGACCCCUCAGAUCCACACAUCUUCAGCAAGCACCCGCGUCCUCCCACACUCUGCUCCAGGCACUGAGGACAUCAGGAAAACAUGUCUGUGUCCUCCAGGCUCCUCUGGGAGGGGAACACGGCUGUGCGACCAUGGCUCUGCUGCAUUCCCCCACUGCCACCAUGCCCUGCCACCCCAGGGCUGGUGCUGUGCCCAGACAAGGGAGCCAGGAGGGUAUGCACGACAUAUUUCCUGGUAUACUGUUUGUCACAUCUGCUGAUAAUGACUCUUAGCCUCUGGCAAAUGCAGAACUGGAGCCCUGGGAGUUGGUCCUGGAUCCAGGGCUGGGAGGCCAGGAGCUGUGGCAGCUCCCACAGGGUCUGCUUUAGAGCUGGCACCCCCCUGGGCUUGGCCAAGCCCCCUGGUCAUUCCCUUCCUGCUGUCACCCCCACCCCACACACUCUCCAGGUGCACGCCCCAUCCCCAAGGCCCGUGGGUUCCCCUCUUCAUUCUGGCCCUACUCUGGCUGCUGGCUGCCGCUGCUUCAUGCCCACCUUGGAAG